CUCAUGCUGCCCUGCAGUUGCUGUCCGACAAAGGCAAAGGGGGAUUCCUUCAUCUCAAAGACAAAGUUGGAACCCCCCCAGCCUAACAACCGUGAAGGAUGUCCUAAUUUCCAAACACCCCAACGCAGUUAGAGCAACGAUCAUGAGUGGGUCCCCUCCAGACUGCCACCCAGUCAUAUUUGAGUCCAUAGAUGCUGCACUGAUAAGGUCUACGUCCCUCAACACCCAUGGGGCAGCUGGUCCCUCGGGGCUGGACGCCUAUGCCUGGAGAAGGCUGUGUACAUCAUUCAAAACUGCUAGCCACUCUCUCUGUGAAUCCCUAGCUCUCUCGGCCCGCCGCCUGUGUUCAGACUAUGUCGACCCCUCCUGCGUAUACCCCCUGCUGGCUAGCCGUCUCAUAGCACUGGACAAGAACCCCGGGGUGAGACCGAUAGGCAUUGGUGAGACCCCAAGGAGAAUCAUCGCCAAGGCUGUUCUGUCCGUGACGAGGGGCGAUAUCCAGAACGCGGCAGGAUCCGUUCAGCUGUGUGCAGGACAGACUGCAGGUGUCGAGGCAGCAGCCCAUGCUGUUCAGAAAUGUUUCCAACAAGAUGAGACAGAGGCAGCCCUACUAGUCGAUGCGAGCAAUGCUUUUAACUCGCUAAAUCGGAAUGUAGCUCUUCACAACAUCAGAUUUCUCUGCCCUUCCAUCUCCACCAUGCUAAUCAACACAUACCGAGCUCCAACAGAGUUAUUCAUAGACGGUGAGGUUAUCUUCUCCAGGGAGGGGACUACACAGGGAGAUCCCCUGGCAAUGCCAAUGUAUGCCAUCGCAACCAUCCCACUGAUAAGGAGACUACCUGCCUCUGUCUGUCACACAGAUGUGGUAUGCUGAUGACGCAGCU